AUGAAUACAUAUGAUAAAAUCAGAGGCGAUUUGAGAAUUAAGAUGGACAAUCAAAGGAGCAAUAUUCAAAAAGUCUUGAAUGGUGAACAAAAUUUAUAUACUGCAAAGGAGGUCAUGACUUUCUAUACGUAAUAUUUUAUAUUUUAAAAAUAGAGAAAUAUACAAUUAUAUAGUUUAAGGGGAACAAUAAGGACAGAUGAUGUAUGAGUUAUUCAAGGAAUAUAUUCAAAAAUUUUUAUAAGUUUCAGAGGGAUUGGCAAAAGAAAGUUGGAAAGGGCAAAAAAAUUUUCUCGAAGAAAUUCUUUACUAACAUUAAAUUUAUGAAACUCAUACUCGAAUUCUUCAAAGUUAUUUCGCUUAUUUGGAUCGAUCAUUUGUUGAAGUUUCUAAUAAUACGACUUAAUAUCCAAAUUUGAAGUAGUAAGCUAAAAAGCAAUUUUAUGAAUCGUUCUACAUCAAAUUGUUUUCUUCAAUAAAAGAAGAAUUCAAGACUAAAUUAAAAUAGGAUCGAAUUCAACUUGAUAAAGAACAACAAUUGUAAUUACAAAGAGUAUAUAAAAUCAUAUAUGACAUGAAAGCAUUCUAAGAUAUAGGGAAUAAUUAAUUAAUUCAAAAGGAAAUUAAAGAGGACAGCAAAACCUAUUAUCUCUAAUAAUACAGCAACUUUUAAUAACAGUCCUUUUUGGAUUAAAUAAAAUCACUAGUUCAAUUCAAACAAGAAGAAUUAAGUAGAAUUAGAUUAAUCUUUGGCUGUGAACAAAAUGAACUUUAAAAAGAAUUAAUCGAUUUAUUUAACAAUUAUAUCAUAAAUAGUUAUGCUUUAGAUUUGAAUUCCGACAAUAAUGAUACUCUUAAAAAUAUUAUAUUUUAGGAUUGUUAUGAAGUAUAGCAUUUUCUAUAUAAAUUAGUAAUUUGGUUAAUUGGUAUUCUUUUUUGACCACUUCAAGAGCAAUACACACAUUUUUGUCAAGAAAUUCCAAGAAAUCAUCAUACAAUAAGGUAUGGAAAUCAUUGCAGAACGAUAAAACAGAAUCCUUUAAACUAAAAUCAAGUAAGAGAAGGAAGAUCAAGUAAUUAUCAACUUAAUUUUCAAUAGUAAAAUAAAUUCUUAGAAUAACUAAUCUCCUUAUAGCAGUCUUAUAAGAAAUUGAUCUACGAACAUGCUGAAAAUAAUCAGUUCCUGUUAGCGAAUCUACGUGUAGCUUUUGAAAUCAUAACUGCAAAUGCUGAUCAAUACUUUAUCAUGGAAUCGCUAUUGCAAAAACUUCACACUUUUACUCUUAAAAGAAUAGAUAUUGGUGAAGAAAAACAAUUAAAAGAGGUUAUGCAACUCUUGGAAUGCUUUUAAGCCAAGGACUUAUUGUUGAGAAACUAUUAAAAUAAAUUAGCAUAAAGAAUACUAACACUCUUUGAUUAUCAUUCCGAUAUUGAUAAACAAAUCAUUGAUCAAUUUCGUAAGACUUUUGGACCAGAACAUACCAAGUAACUUGAGUCCAUGAUUAAGGAUUACGAAUAGUAGAAGAAUGAGGACAAAAUAUCCAUUUCUGAUAUUGAAAUUCAAGCCAAAAUACUUUAAAAAGAAUAUUGGCCUGAAAUUAGACCACAACUUGGUCUAGAGAAUAUAUUGAUUCUGAACUAAUUAAAAGCUGCUUACAGGCAGAAAUUCAACUCUUAACAGGAAAAGAAUUAACUGUAUUACUCAAUAUAAUAAUAUAUUAUAGAAUAGAAAUUAGUUGGUAAGAUCAAAUAUCCAUGAUGGAAUUGAUGUUCAGAACUAAUUAAGAAUACAAAGUCAUCAUCGGAGUUGUUGGUGGUGCAAUCUUGUUACAAUUUAAUGAUUAAAACAACCCAUUAACUAGUGAGCAAUUAGCAGUAAGUUUAAAUUAUUAAUAAAGUAAUCAAUUGGAGUCAACAACUAGUAUUUCCUAAACCAAAUCAAAUUACUAGAAUCCAGGAAGUUACUUAUAAGAGAUGGAUAGGCUUACAAGUUCAAUGAAGAAUUCUCAAAUCCCAAGCUUAAAUUUAGAGUGGGCAUCAUCUUGGAAUCAUUUGUUGAAUAUUAAUGUAUAUCAAUUUCAUAUAGGUUUAAUAGAAGAGGAUAUCUAAGGAGAUAGAAAGAUUGCUAUUUAAGCUGCAAUUGUUCGAAUUAUGAAAGGCAAAAAGACUUUAACCUUUUAACAAUUGAUUCAAUCGGUAAAAGAGUAAUUAAAGAUGUUUAAACCAAAAGAUACAGAUAUCAAAGAUGUUAUUGAGAUUUUAAUGAAUAAUGAGUAUUUGAAAAGAAAUCAAUAAAACAUGAAUGAGUUAAUUUAUGUUAGUUGA